AUGCAUCAUCUUCGUCGAAUAAAAUAUUUUCAUAUACCAUGUAAAGAACGCUUAAAUCUUGCUUAUUUUUAUGAUGAAGAAUUUAUAUGUAUAUGUGAUUAUGAUCUUCGAGAAGCAAAUUGUUUUCCAUUUAGUCAUAGUAUGAAUUACACUUGUGAAGGAUUAAAUCCAUGUGAAAAUCAAGGUACAUACUUUUUUGAUGAUUCUAAAUGUUCAACAUUAUCAUUGUGUGUCUGUGAUCAUUGUUCAUAUGGUUCAAGAUGUCAAUUUUCAACUAAAGAUUUUAGUAUAUCAUUAGAUGCUAUUCUUGGUUAUCAAAUUCAACCUAAUCUACCAUUUACACAACAACGUUUAGCUGUCAAAAUGUAUAUUUCAAUAACUACAUUCAUGUUAGCAUUUGGUCUACUUAGUAAUAUUUGCUCUAUUUUAACUUUUCAAACGAAAACAUCUCGAAAAGUUGCCUGUGGUAUUUUUCUUCUUAUAUCAUUAUAG